UCGACCCACCGUAACACAUCCCUCCAAGCCCGCGAACUUGCAGUCAAGAGUUUCCAAGCGGAACGGGAAUCGAUUACCUCUCCGGGUUCCAGCGGCGUCUACCGUCUAUAAAAGCCGAAGAACAAAUUUUGCAGCGAUCAGUUUUCAUCUUUUUUGGUCUGGACGAAGAAUCGAAUUUGAAUCCUCCGCAUAUACUCCCCUUUAUCUUUCUCCAUCAUCUGGAAGCCCUAGACCCGAAAUUUCAGUCCGGGAGUAGAAAUUCCCCGGCAACACUUUCAGAAGACAUGUCGGAUCAGUCAACCAUGGAGGAUGUCCAUCGUUACGUGAAAGUGCGGUCUGAGCCGGCGACGUCGUCCUCGCAGUUGCUCCAACAGGAGUUUACACCGGACCGGGCGUGGAUUUUUGACGAAUUGCCCAAAGCGACCAUCAUCUCGGUCUCACGGCCGGAUGCCAGCGACAUCACUCCCAUGCUUCUUUCCUACACAUUCGAGUUCCAGUACAAGCAGUUUAAAUGGGUUCUGCUGAAGAAAGCAUCACAAGUAGUUUAUCUACAUUUUGCAUUGAAAAAGCGUGCAUUUAUUGAAGAAUUCCAUGAGAAACAAGAGCAGAGCUUUGAACAUUCAAUGGAUUUCAACAUGAUGACAGAAGCUUUAACCCAGUAG